UCCUUUGCGAAAUGUGAAUGAAAUUUAUAAAAACAACUAACCGUUAACCGUUAAAAACGACAUUUUUAGUAUUUUAACUGUGUUUUUUUUUGGUUAAUAUUAUUUGGCGGGUGAAUGUGGUCGGUUAAAAGUGGAUGUGGAUGUUCUACCGGCGGGGUAGUAGGCGGUGAAAGCGGUUGAUUGAUGAUUAGAUUUACGGUGUGGAUCACGGCGGGGAGAGAGGAUGACUCACCCCCGUCUGGUGUGAUGUUCACCCCGCAACAGCCAGGCGGUGCAGUGCGGUGGCACGCCGGUAGUUCAGACUGUGACACAUCACUGUUAGCCCCGCAAAUAAGUUUAUCAAACUGCGGGGAUGUUUUUUGGGUAGCCCCGAGGUACAACGGUUGUUUCAAACUUGAGUGGUUGUCACCUGGUGGUCGUCGUGAUUUAAAUGUCGUGACGCUGAUCGCCAUGGAAACAGAGCUGCACUGAGAGGAAACUGUCCGUUAACUUCAACCUUUCCCGCGGGGUCGGAUAAACCUGUUGGAUAUCUCUUUUGCUUUUCUUCUGUUGCUACUCUGGCUCUACUUUCUAUUUUAAUUUGGCCACAAACCAGGUAAGGAUGACGGAGCUGCAAACGGAAAAGAGGUUCCACAACUUGACCCUUGAGCAAAUCCAAGCUCUGGACAAGAUCUUGACCGAGGUCAUCCCCAUUCACGGACGAGGAAAUUUUCCCACACUGCAGGUGAGAGCCAAAGACAUAAUUCGAGUGGUGAAGGAUCGGCUGGUUGAGAGAGACAUCCAGGUGAAAGAUAUACGACUUAACGGCGCCACUGCCAGCCACGUCCUGGUGAGGGACAACUGUCUGGGCUACAGGGACUUAGACAUCAUUUUUGGAGUGGAGCUUCCCAGGCAAGAGGACCUCCAGGUGAUAAAGGAGGUGGUGCUGGGCAGCUUACGAGACCUCCUCCCUUGUGGAGUCAACAGACGGAAGAUCACCUGCUUGACGAUGAAGGAGGCGUAUGUGCAAAAGAUGGUGAAAGUUUUCAAUGAGCAUGACAGAUGGAGCCUUAUCUCGCUCUCUAACAACAGAGCUAAAACUGUGGGGCUCAGGUUUGUCAGCUCCCUUCGAAGACAGUUUGAGUUCAGCGUGGACUCCUUCCAGAUAAUAUUAGACCGUAUGCUGGAGUCUUACUGGGAGACUGAGAGGAAACAAGGAGGAAAGUUGUCAUUGAAUGCUGGGAAUUUGUCAAAAAGAGACAAUGUGCACGACAAUAAAGAGCAAGAGAAAUCAAGCAUUCCUCAGGAUGUUGAAGCAGUUGAGAAAAAGGAAAAAGAAAGCCCAAGCGAGGAUGAAGCCGUUUCUGUACUUGAGAAAGAACUUCCACAUGCAAAGAUUGAGCAUGUGGAUGAAAAGCACGACGCACAGGAGGUGUUGGAGCCCCGAAGCAUUAACCCACAGCGAGGAGGAGAGGAAGGAGGUGGCAUAGAGGACGUUCAUUCAGAGGAGGACAUCGUGUUUGAGAUAUGUGAGGAGAAUGGAGAGGGGAAAAGACAGUUUCACAGUGAUUAUCCUUUAGUUUCAUCCCCUAAAACUUUAUUAACAGAUGUCAGGGAUCCGCUUAUGACACAUGCAUGUUUAACACCCCAAAGUAAUGAAGAACUGUGUGCACCACAGGCUGCCCAAACAUCAGAAAAGUCAGCUCCACAGGAAAAAGUCCAUUCUGCAGAAAUUCCCCAAUUCAAAGUUGAAUCUGUAAUCUGCAGGACUGAAAGUCCCUCAGGCCUCCAAGAUUCACAUCUGGAAUUUUCUUUUCCUCCUCCAGCUAAGAAAACGUGCAGCACAUCACAGGACAUUGUACCAGACUAUUGCCCUUCGCCAAAACUACAAAGGAAAAUGUCAAGGAAGCUAAUCAGUAAACCUGAAAAAUGGUCUUUACUUAAUGAUUUGUCAGAUCUUACAACACAGCUGUUUCCUCCCAUAGAAAUACCCAAACCACUGCAGCCAAAGCCUCCUCUACCAGACAGCACGCAUGGCUCAAAUGUUCCAGCAUCAAAUCCAGAGACCUUAGAUGUCCUCACAGCUCCCACAUGCAGUCCAGUCAGUCCUCUGGAGGACGGGACCGGCUCCAAUGAAACUGUGGAACUAACCGUUAAGCCAAAACACUCCAAGAAGCCUCCUGAUUCAGAGACUCAGUGCGACCCCCGUGCAGCGAAUGUCCCGCCACAGAAUAAUGAGAGACCAGCCGAGCGGGCAGACGUUGUGAUGAACAGGUGUGGAGUGAGCUCGUGGGCCGGGGCAGAAGGAGAGCUCACCAUCACUGUGGAGGCAGAGUGCAUGUAUGGAGACUUUGAACAGGCCAUGGAGCACCUCCGCCACCGCCUCAUCGCAACCCACAACCCUGAGGAGAUCCGAGGAGGGGGACUCCUCAAAUACAGCGACCUGCUGGUGAGGAACUUCAGACCUGCCAGCGAGACAGAGAUCAAGUCUCUGGAGCGGUACAUGUGUUCCCGCUUCUUCAUCGACUUCCCUGAUGUGAGCGAGCAGCAGCGUAAGAUCGAGGCCUACCUGCAGUGCCAUUUCAUCGGCAACGAGGAGACGAGCAAGUACGACUACCUGAUGACGCUGCGGCGCGUGAUAGACGAGAGCACGGUGUGUCUGAUGGGACACGAGAGGAGACAGACGCUCAAUAUGAUCACCGUCCUGGCGCUCAGGGUGCUGGGCGAGCAGAACGCCAUCCCCAACACGGCCAACGUCACCUGCUUCUACCAGCCGGCUCCUUACAUGGCGGAGCCCAUCUACAGCAGUUACUUCAUCACCCAGGCCCAGCCCCCCCUGGUCUACCACCCCUACCCGCUACAUGUCCACAUGCAGACUGGCCUGGUGUAGCUCCAUGACACGCCGACAGGGAGGCGUGUGGCUGUUCAGCAUGGUGCUCUGCUAGCAGAGGCGCUAAUGGAAGUUUUAACAACAACAUACAGGCGCGGUGUUGUUUGAUGCUUUGAAACCCCUCCUGCUUAUGACAUGAAUGAUCAGGAAAGGUCAGAACUGAAAAGGGGUCUGGAGGCGAAGCAUGUGACCCUUUCAAUAUGAACUCUUUUGAAAGGGAAAGAAACAGAGAGCUGCUAGAGAGGCCUUCACUGAAGUGGAGGGAUUUGUUUCAGAUCAGCGUUGGCCGGGCUCUGGACUGGUCACCAUGCUUUGUUGAGGAGAAUGCUGUCAUGUGACAAUUCUCGGUGGCUUGAAGAAAUAUUCUAUCUAUGAAAACACAUGCUCAAAUAUUGUUUCGGUUAAAGUUUGAAUAAUGAUAAAUCCUUAAUGUUUCAGAAGGGUUAAAGAUCCCGUAUAGCUGUUUUGUGUCUGUAGAGUAAAUUUCAGCAUGUGACUAUACCUGUGUAUUCACUGUAUAGAAAUAGGACACCUUUAAAGGAACACUCCACCGUUUUUUCAUAUUAAAACAUGUUAUUCGGGUAAGUAAGACGAGUUGAUACAGACCUCUUGCGUCUCAAUGCGUGCACUCAAUCGCCCUGGCGCGCGGCGCCACUUGGCUAGCACUUAGCUUAGCCCAGUUCAUUCAUUAGGAUCCAAACAGAUGGACAGUUAGAAGCGACCAAACUCCUCCACGUUUUCCCUAUUUAAAUACAGCUACACGAGUAGUUAAACGACCAAGUAUGGCGACACAAAAUAAAACGUGGCGCUUUUCGAAGCGGAUAAAAAGGAGAACUAUAAUGUAUGGCGGAAUAGCACUUGGGAGCACUUCGACUCGGCGCAGUAAUAUCAUCACUCCUGACGGAAGUGAGAGGGAGCGGAAG